AUGAAAUACGCAUUUGUUUUCACUCUUCUUAUUGCGGCCGUUUGCGCUUCCCCGUUGGGUUCCAGCUGCUCCCCUGCUGAGGAUGCCCCACUGGUCGUGCCCAUCACCACCACACCCAUCCCCAUUUUGAAACAAGAACUGUCCAUUGAGAAUGGAUCAUUCGUCAACAACUUCGAGACUGGGCAUGGCAUCGUCGUCAAUGAAAGUGGCAGUCAGAAGCAAAUCGGUACGGCAAGUGGCACGGUGUCUACUGGCUCUUUCUCGUUUACCAAUCCGGAAGGAGCUGCCAUCACCGUCACAUGGAUCGCUAAUGAGAACGGAUUCCAGCCCACCGGUGAUCACUUGCCCACUCCUCCACCUACCCCCGAACACGUCGUGAAGAUGUUGGCAGACAUGGAGGCCGCUCUUGACGCUAUUUCCAUUGCUACUGAAAAGCCGGUCAACGUUGUUGUUGCUGCCGAGGGAGCUCCGAUGGAUGUUUCUCAAGAUCCUGUUCCAGCUGCAAGUGCUCCAGCUCAAGUCGAAGUCGCUGCAGUUGCAUCUGCUGCAGUCGAAUCUGUUCCAGCUGUGGGCAGUCCGACUGAAACUGCUUCAGCUCAAGAUUCUCUGGAUGACGCUGUUCCAGCUGAAACUACCCCAGUAGAAGCUGCUUCAUCUGUGAGCAGUACGGUUGAAACUGUUCCGGUUCAGAACUCUCUAGAUGACGCUGCUCCGGCUGAACCUUCUGCGGAUGCAUCUGUUCCAGCUGAAACUACCCCAGUAGAAGCUGCUCCAGCUGUGAGCAGUCCAGUUGAAACUGUCCCAGUUCAAGAUUCUCUGAAUGACGCUGCUCCAGUUGAACCUUCUGCGGACGCAGCUGUUCCAGCUGAAGUUACUCCCGUUGAAGCUGUUCUAGAUGAUGAUACUCCAGUUGCAUCUGCUCCAGUGGAAUCAGCUCCUUCUGCCUUGUAGAUACGCCCCCCUUCAUUGAAUUUUUAUGGGUUUUUGCCAAUUUUCUGGAACUGCCUCGGCUUGCCUCUUGGUUGUCUAUUUGUAUCAUAACGCUCAUUUGUAGUAUACGUCGUUUCGAAUGCUAACGUAAUACACCAUUUCAUGUUCAUAA